CUUUUGAAAAUAGUUCACUGUGCAUUGAACUUAAAUAAAAUUGUUUAAUUGCCUUUCAUUAAAAAGAUUCGGCCACAAGAUUUUAGAUUCCAUUUGAAACCCGGACACGCUGAUAUAGACAGAGCCACAAUUUCGUACAAUAACAAUUCGGAGAACGUUCGCAGAGUAUGACAGUUCACAGUCGCGCCAUUUUCUCUGGCGCUCAACAUCUGCUGUGUUGACGGCAUAAACAAGCAACAGUGGAAAUUUGCGAUGGACGCUACGAAUUCCGUCUCAAAGGGUGUAUUUGUGUUUAAAAAUGGAGCAACACGGGCUAAAGGACGCAGAAAGGUCCAAACUUGCAACAGCUUUCUGGCUGAAAACACAACCAAACAGCUUUGGUUUCGGAUGUACAAAAAACACUGGGAACGAUCGCGGCAGAUGAUUUUAAAGCUGCAAACAAGCAGCUACGGCAAGAUAAUAGAUGAUCUGUUAAAGUUUAUAGAAAGCUGCCAAAAAUCAAACAAAUAUGAAGGAUUCAUUCCGACCGCAGCAUUGCUGACUGGCAUCAAUCAAAUCGAUCAUCUGUCCCAGUUUGAGAAGCUCGCAGCCGAUAUACACAAUAACACACUCUCGGUAGUGGUGCUGCUGCCAGCCCGUGAUGGGACAAAUCUGAAGCAAGCCAUUGAAACAAUUGUUGGGAAGUGCAUUGAGAGCCAAUCCAAGGAUCGGUCCGACGAAAAACGAUUUCGUAAAAACCAGCUGAAUCUAGACGUUUUACAGGCGUGGUACCUUGAAACGCACGGUACGUUUUGUGAUGCGAGACCAAAACUUACCAUUAUUGUGCCCGAUUUUGAGCUGUUCAACCCAGUCGUUCUGCAAGAUCUCAUAGUCAUUUUAGAUUCGUACGCUGCAAAGUUGCCGUUUGUGCUGGUGUUUGGUGUAGCAACUGAUGUAUCAACCAUCCACAAUGUGUUACCAUACCAUGUGACAAGCAAAAUCAAGAUAUCCGUUUUUCAAUCAGAACCGUCCGCUACAAAUCUCAACAAAAUUCUAAACGAAGUGUUGCUAACGCCAUUCUGCCCGUUUCAUCUGUCGGGCAAAGUGUUUAAGCUGCUACUAGACAUUUUCCUUUUUUAUGAUUUUUCUGUAAAUGGAUUCAUCGAGGGCUUCAAAUAUGCCUUCAUGGAUCAUUACUUUCAAAACUCGAUCAAUGCAUUGAGCGCAAUCGUCGACGAUGAGGACGAGCUGAAAGCAAUAAUUAAUGAUCUAUCGUCAUCAGAAUUGGAGCAAAUACGUCAGUUGCCUUCUUUUCGACCAUACGUGGAGUCCCGUCCAAAUCCGCAAGAUGUCGUGGAUCUUCUUACGAACGACGAUCACCUGAAGCGAUCGCUAGUACCAAUGGUAAUGCAGGUGCACAAUUAUUGGUUUACUUUUCAUUGUUCAAUGCACAUAUUACAAACUCUCGUUGGCGAUCUGCCAAAAGCACCGCUGGGAAAGCAAAUCCGUGAGCUUUAUUGCUUGUGUGUUGCUUCAGAUGUAACCUCACUGCCCGAGUUUAAGGAAUGCAUCCAGUUAUUAUCGUUUUUAUCGAAAGAUGAAAUGCUGCAAAAGAUUAAACAGGUGCUAAACGUCGUGUUGCUGUGGGUGGAACGAAAUGAUCAGUUAAGCAUCGAAGGCUGCUUAGUGUACGAUGUAGCACCAUUGGAAGAAAUAGCAAAUGGUUUGGUCUUAUUGGCCGACGAACUAGUUGACGCUAACCAUGAACCUAUCGCGGAGGGAAAGCAGCACGAGCAAUCGUCGUCUCUGCUCUCUCCUCAUAUGGGACGGCAAGAGCUGCGUGAAAAGUUGCUUUCGGCAGCGAAACAUUCCAAAAGCGAGACCACCGUAAGCCGUGCUAUUGGAAAGAUAAUGGAUUACUUUGUUAGAAAUAUCUUUCAACGUUAUCUUCGUCCUGCAACCAGCCAAACGGUGCCUUUAGUGGAACUGUUUAUUUACAACGACAGCACUUACCUCCGCCAGCACAUUGUUGGUGCGCCUAGGGCAGCAGUUCACAUUGCUCUUAAUAAUCCCCAAUACUACACACAAUGUGAUUGUUGCAUUCUUGAUGAAUCGUCCUGCAUUGUUCCUUCUCUGCCGGAUCUUUCAAUCGCAUACAAAUUGCAUUUAGAAUGUGGUCGGAUGAUAAAUCUUUUCGAUUGGCUUCAAGCUUUCCGCAUGAUUAUCGAUGAUAACAAUAAUGACGAGAUUGAGCAGCAAGUUGAUCCAACAAUUCAGGCCCGCUUCACCCGAGUAGUGGCAGAGUUGCAGUUUUUAGGCUUUAUAAAGACAUCCAAAACCAAAACCGAUCAUGUCACAAGGCUUACGUGGUGAAAAUGUUAAUUUCCGAAUGGAUCACAUUCGCUCAUAUUUGGGCAUAUAUCACGGUCGGGUUGGGAAUUCAUGCUAAACAUUUUCUUAUACUAUUGUACUGUAAUGUAUUUAUUACACAUGAGUUGUUAAAUGUAAACGUACAGCAAUAAUUAAAUGAUGAAGAAAGUAUACAUAGAAUUCAGUAAUUCGUUGUGCAGUU